GAGAGGUGGGACUCAGGGUAAAGAGGCUCCACUCCUCUUAAGUUCCUCACCUACUUCCUGUUUCACCUCUGUUACUUUUUAAAGUUGGGAUCAGAUUUGAGACUGAACAAACGCUGGAUAGCCACGGUGUCACCAAUGAACUUUGGUGCAUAAAAUGACGUAUCCAAAAGGAAUUCACGAGCAGUUUUACCAGCUAGACCGCGUUUAUUUUCUAGGAUAAAAAGAGAGAGAAAAGAGCUCCCCCGUUGGUGGGACAAGACCCAACAUCAUGCCCGAGCAGUCGAAGAUGAAGAAGCCCGACGUCAAGGUUGUUCUGCUGGGAGACAUGAACGUGGGGAAGACGUCGCUGCUCCACAGGUACACGGAGAGGAAGUUCAAAGACACGAUCAGCACCGUCGGAGGGGCGUUUUUCCUCAAACAGUGGGGACCUUACAAUAUCUCAAUAUGGGACACUGCUGGCCGUGAACAGUUUCACGGGUUGGGCUCCAUGUAUUGUCGUGGUGCAGCCGCUGUCAUCCUGACUUAUGAUGUCACCAACUGGCAGAGCCUAGCUGAGCUGGAGGAGCGCUUCCUGUCCCUGACUGAUACUGCUAACCUUGACUGCAUUUACGCUGUAGUGGGCAACAAGGCCGAUCUCACAGACCUUAAAGCUCAGCUGCCUCAGGAGACAGAUGUGGUGUCAGAGGACCGAACUGAGUGUGAGGAGAACCAGACGGAGCCACAGGUGCUGUCUGCUUGCCCCACACCCCCGGCCUCCCCCGCAUCCCUCACUGGCACGAUGCUUCACAAACAGGUUACCCAUGAGGAUGCAGCAGCUUUUUAUGGGAGAAUACUGCGCUACAAGGGCCUGGAUGAAAAGAACAGCCUGCCUGCAGAGAGGAUGUGCUUCGAGACAAGUGCAAAGACGGGGUAUAAUGUGGACACUCUGUUUGAGACGCUGUUUGAUCUGGUGCUGCCCUCCAUCCUGAGGAAGAGAAAUGAGAACCAGGAGUCUCCUACAGUGGAUCUGGAGGAGUGCAGGGGGGCCACCAGCAAGAGGUCUAGAUCUGCCUGCUGCUAGGAUGCGAGGGUGGAGAAGCUGCUACGAGCAGAGACUUGUUUUAACAAAGGACAAUCAAUGGGUUGCUCUGAGCACCAAAUUACAUACUGUGACGGUACUACUUAUUUGCCUUGACUGAGACCCAAUAGCAUCAAUGACCCCCCAGUAACGCACACACACACACUUACAACAGACAUGUCUUGAUGCUGUGAAAACGGUCAAACUGAAAGGCAUAGUGCCCAGCGACACUUCAAAUAUUUCAAUGUAAGGACAGUCAAACUGAAAAGUGUAGUGUCCAGCGACAUUUUAAGUGUGUCAAUGUAAGGAAGGGAAAUGAACAAGUGUUGUGUCUAUCACUCUAUGCUUUGAAAAGCUUUCAUCCCAACAACUGAAACUGCACUUGUGUCCCAAAGAUUUGUCCGGAGGCGAAUAAUACACAUCAGAAGUCAAACACUGCUAUUUGUUAAUGUUUUGGAAUGUCACUAAUUUAACAGCACUAAUUGUUACUCGAGUGGCACACUGCACUGUGUUUAUUAUAGUUUAAUUUUUCAUAAAUCACACUUCUUUUGUCCACUUUGAUGCUCUGCUACUAGCAUUGAUACUGAUUUUUAUACUCUAUCGGCACAUUUUUGACUUUUCAAUGAGUGUAAAUAGUGAACACCCCUGUUGAAUUUUUAAGUACGCUGUCAUAAUAAAGAUUUUUAUUUUGCA